CACUGAGAAUUAAGCUUGUAAUUUAUUUUAUAUAUAAUUCAUGUUUUUUUUUACUCAAUUUUGCUUCCCGUUGUAUAGCCGCUCAAUUUUCUUUUUGCUUGAUAUAUAUUGCCGCCCAACUUCUUCAUUCUCGCUCCAAAAUGCGGUCCAAUUUUCGUUUGGAAUGAUCUAUAUUGUCGCAAAAAAAAUGUUGAGAUAAGAAAAAGUGUUUUCUUGUUUGUUUUUAGAGUGGUAUUUUGUUUGGAUUGCUAAUAGUGUCUAUUAGUUGCAAAUUUUGAUAUCGCCAUUACUAUUAUCUAGUGCACUUUACUAAUUAUGAUUAAUUACAUGACAAAUUUGCGAAUCAUACAAAUUGAUUCAACAUUUUGACUAGUUUUUUUUAAUUAAGUAUAUAUAUAUAUAUAUAUAUAUAUAUAUAUAUAUAUAUAUGAUGUAGAAAGAAGUUGGUUAUAAAUUGUGAAAAAUAUUUUAAAUUAGUGUAAUAACAUGUGUAAGUUGGUAGUGAGUAAGGAGUUAGUAACUCGAUGCGCUAUCCCGUACAGCCCGCAACUUGCCCGGCCCGAUGAACCCGCAACCCGAUUGAACCCGAUCCCGAUUGAAUCCAAACCGAUGAACCCGCAACCGACGAACUCGAAAUCCAACUAACCUGCAACCUAAUUAAACCCGUCUCGACCCCUUCGAACGAUACCUAUAUCUAUAAGUGGUAUUUCUCCAAAAUUGCUAUUAUUGUUAGAAACGCGAAAGUUUUUAGUAUAGGCCUAAAAAAUAGUUGAAUAAUUUUUUUUUUUUAAUAAGUCGGUGGAGAAAUAUCCUAACAGCCCAUUCCUACAUACACAUUCUCCAAAUCCGAUUAGAACAUAGACGAGAGCAAACCGCCUCUCUCGCCCUCUAUCUCAGUGUCUCUUAUCUCUCAUCCCCACUCCUCCAGUUUUUCCUCUCCUUCUCCACUUUCGAUUCGUCUACGGAACAAGUCAGUAAUUAAUGAGGGUAAUUUAAAGUAACCCCCCGCUCGCUGCUCCGUCAUUCUUCUCUCUAAAACCCUCCGCCCCCAGCAAAACCUAGACAACCACCGCCGCCUCCCCAGUCCCCACCAACACAGUCACGAUCACACUGUUUCUUUCUCGACACACACAAACGAGCACGACGGAGACUAGGAUGGUGAUGAACAACAGACCGCUGAAACGAGCCAGGAGGAACAGGGUCACCGCCGAUCUACACGACUUCCUCACCUUUCCUGGCGAAGAGCUCAACUCUUCGUCGGAAUCGGCAGGAGGAGGGGGGCCCUUCAGGGAAACGGUGAAGGCCUUCCUCGCCCGCCACGCCCGACUCACUUCCCCGCCGUCCCUCUUCCCUUCACUCCUCACAUGGCAGACAGCCUUUCGUGUCGGCGAUCUAGUCGACGGACCAGAUCUCUCGCCGCUUGUUGUCGCGCUCGAUGUUGUCGAGGAAGAUGUUACCAGAUCUAGCGCAUCUGUUUACUGCAACCAGUGCCGAGUCGUAGGCUGGAGCAAUCAUCCGGUAUGCCGGAAACGUUACCAUUUCAUCAUAAGGGCGAAUGGUAGCCCUUCCGACGGCUUUCAGAAGCUGUGUAGCAGAUGUGGCAACUCCCUCCAACUCUCAGAGUCCAGGUGCAAGUGGUGCGACUUUGUGCUUACAACUGAUGAUUUGGCGGAGUGGGUUUACUCCCAGUUUGAGGACAGCUCUCACUUGCUUCACGGCGUCGUGCACUCCAAUGGAUAUGGUCACCUCCUCAGGGUCAACGGCAAAGAAGGUGGCUCUCAAACUCUCACCGGCACCCAUGUCAUGAACUUCUGGGAUAGGCUCUGCACUUCUCUCUCAGUCAGGAAAGUAUCUGUGAUGGAUGUGUCUCGCAAGUACGGUACAGAGUACAGGCUGCUUCAUGCCAUUACUAAAGGGCAUUCAUGGUAUGGCAACUGGGGUUAUGAAUUUGGCAACGGGAGCUAUGGCCUAACAUCAGAGACUUACCGACAAGUAGUUGAGACCCUUUCAAGCGUGCCAUUAGACCAGAUUUUGUUCCAUGGCCGUGGCCCACGGACAAGCUUGCAGGCUGCCAUCUCGUUCUACAAGUCAUUGUCCAACUCCGAGCUUCUGACCCUGAAAGACCUCUUUUCCUUCUUGCUGAGGCUGUUACAAGAAAGCAACAUGCCGACAUCAGAAUCCGUAUCAACAGUUAAACGUGAUUUGGGAGGCUGCCCUAGUUCAAGAGUGUUGUGUGCUUGGUCAAGGAAUGAUGUAGAAGAGUUGCAAGAGUCUAUGAUCAAGGUGUUGACAGCAGCAUCUAGUGAGACCAAGUGGGUAGCCAGGCACACACUUAAGGGUGUCAUGUGCAAAAGAGCUUCUCCUGAGCUUCUCGACUAUUCCCUCAAACACCUAGGAGGAAAGUUGGCAUCAAACUGCAUGAUGGUCCAGGCCCGAUGCAGCCCUAGCUCCUAUGAUGUGGAAUUCAGGCUGGAGCCUGUGUCUUCCGCACCAUUUCAAGCACUUGAGUCAAACUAUCCCUCAAGACAGCAGGUCAAAAGUGACCUGAAAUUCUUAUUUGAUUCAUUAGUCAAUCCUGAGACCAUGGUGCAGUACAGACCCUCGACUACAAGGCAAACAGUGAUUGACGCUGCAACUAAGCUUACCGACUGCAAAGAAUUUAUGAAGGACUUCAAACCUUACCAAAAGCUUGUAAAUAAUCCAUUAGGCAUUUACCUCAUGUGCCAGGUAGAGCUUUCUGACCAAUUCAAAGAGGAGAAUCAUCCAACAAUACCACCAGAACUACUGGUAUUGCCUUGGAAUGCUACGGUUGAGGACCUAAAGAAUGAAGCUGCUAAAGCAUUUCGGGAAGUAUAUGCCAUGUGUAAAAGGCUUCAGGUUGAUGCACUGCUUGACUAUGGCUUGGUUGAAGAUUCCUUUACCCUAAAAUUUCUGAUUGGAUCAACUGGAGCAGUGAAGGUGAAAGGGACAUGCCCCUCCAAGAGUGCAGUCAACCGUUACCGACUGGAGAGGGGCACAGAGAAUUGGACUGUAGAUUGCACAUGUGGGGCAAAGGAUGAUGAUGGCGAGAGGAUGUUGGCUUGUGAUUCCUGUGGUGUGUGGCAGCACACAAGGUGUAUUGGGAUUGAAAAUUGUGACCCAACUCCUGAUAAGUUCAUGUGUAUUAGAUGCAUGAACUUGUUGUCUCAUCAAAGGUCUGACCAAAAAUCAUCCUGCUCCAUUACUAAUACUGAGCAGUCAUCUAAAGGUUCUACCUCCCAAGACAAUGUCUCCACUUGCAGGGAAGCUGAAGCUGCGGCAGUAAAAGUAGAAAGUAAUGAGCUAACUGUAACUUUCAGUGUAGGCUAACCUGUAAAACUUCUUGUUGUAAAUCUUGUUUUUCUAGAGCAUGGUUUAGGAUUUGAGGAUUUCCUGUUCCGUUUUCUUUUACCUUUGAGAAAUGGAAGCUCUUCCUUAGUUUUGACUUCUGUACGUCGUUCAGUGAAUUGCUUUGUUUUAUAGUCGCCGUCCAUGGAAGUGAUCUCUAGUACACCUACCAAGCCAAUUCAGCUGUUUCAAACAAGAGGAUAUAUGAUUGCUAGAAUCGCAAGACAAUGUGCUCAGAGUUGUUACUCCUUGCGUAUCAUAAAUACCUCUUUAUUUAAUAUAUUCUUGUGCAACUUGUUGGAAACUUUGAAGAUUUACGCAGCUUCUGAUACAUUUCCUUGCCUGCUCUUACCUUAAGUGUCACAUAUGAACAGAAAGAAUACUAGACUUAAGACUCCAUAUAUAAGAUAGAUAUAAGCAGCACAGAAGUGAAUGAAACGACUUGCACCAUGUUGCUCUCACACAAUUAGCAGCAACUCAAUAAUCUAGUUUAAGACGAGGAGAAAUUUUCAUCAAUUGGUUCAUACACGGAUUAAAGCAGCGAUAUCAUCUCAAAUUUUCAGUUAAGAUGAGAAAGACACCAUCUCAUUUCCAUCCAAAUAACAAGCACAAACAGACAUGACACAAAACAAAAAAUCUACAUGUGCUCAAACAAUUACAAAGUCGGACACAAAAGGAACAUCCUAAUAUGUAGGGUUUGCAAGUUAUAACGUCGAACCUAUUCAUCCGCAAGUUUGCAACUACUUGCCAACUAGCAGUCCACAUGACUAGAUACGGGGAAAUCAAUGGUGGAGGAUAUCGUUCUGCGGGAAUGGAAAGCACUUAGAGCAGCAAAGAAAAAUGUUGCAUGAGCAUUGGCAAGAUUCCCACCCCCAUGACACAUAAUAUUGCAUAAAUGGUGUUAUUCAUUUCCUAGCAGAUAUUUAACGGUAGGAUACUAUUGGAAAUGAAGGGGCAUCCAAAUCUAAUUGGUUAACUAGCUUGAUCACCAUGGUACGUCCAAAACAAACUUCUUAUACAUGAGCAAUCAAUAACUGCAUACUCAGGACUCCUUGCAGCCGGUGGGGGUUGCAGAAAACAAUUAAUUCGACUUGCUUAAGAAUUGACAGAUAAUAACGAGAGCAUAAGAAUAUAAUUAGCAGUUGGAUUAAGAAUUAUUGCCCUAAUUCUUAACUCAAAUGUCGGCUCUGUCCUAGAUCUAAGAACUCCCAAGUGCAGCUUCCUUUACAAAGGGAGCUUCUUACGAUCAUUUAGGUUCCCCUAUAGUUGAAGGGCCAAACAGCGAAUUAUUUUUGUUCAUUCAUUCUUCCAAAUUCAAACCAGCAGAGGCAAUAUUGUGACAAGAUAGAACAAGCAACAGAAAAAUACACAUAAUGUCCUGUAACUCCAGAUGAAAUCAAGUUGGAUACAGAGAAGAUCGUAAUCAAGAUAUUUAAUUGGA